GGGGCGGUGGUGGACUGUCAGCGGUGAUUCGGAAGUAUGUAGUCACGCAUUAAUAAAGUUGAGUAAUGAGUCAUCACGCAGGUUUUAACGUUAAAAAAACUGCGUCAGAGUAACAGAAACGGAGCUCGACAGAUGCACGUUGGUAGCGUGUGAGAGAGACGUUAGCUAACGUUAGCUCAGCAGUAGCCUUCAGGAAGAAGUGUCACCAAAGAGACGAGCAGAGCCCGGCUGUGCUCAUGGCUGCCCUCGGUAACUCCGGGGCCACUUCCAGCCCGAUGGUGAUCUUGGCUCCGAAGACCAAAACAAAAAAGAAACAUUUCGUGCAGCAGAAGGUGAAAGUGUUUCGAGCCAGCGACCCCGUCCUGAGCGUCUUCAUGUGGGGCGUCAAUCACUCGAUCAAUGAUCUCAACCAGGUGCCUGUUCCUGUCAUGCUGCUGCCUGAUGACUUUAAAGCCAACACUAAGAUCAAAGUCAACAACCACCUCUUUAACAAAGAAAAUCUUCCGGGACAUUUCAAGUUCAAAGAGUACUGUCCUCAGGUCUUCCGAAAUCUAAGGGAACGGUUUGGUAUUGAGGAUCUGGACUAUCAGGUGUCGUUGACCCGCAGCCCCCCGGUGAGGAGCGUAGAGGACCAGGGAGAGGGUCUGCUCCUCAACUCCUACGACCGGACGCUCGUCAUCAAGCAAAUCUCCAGCGAGGAUAUUGCAGACAUGCACAGCAUCCUGUCUGAGUACCACCAGCACAUAGUGAAGUGUCAUGGCGGCACCCUGCUGCCUCAGUUCCUGGGUAUGUACCGUGUGAGCGUGGACAGCGAGGAGACCUACCUGAUCGUCAUGAGGAACAUGUUCAGCCACAGACUGCUUGUUCACAGGAAGUACGACCUGAAGGGCUCUCUGGUGGCUCGUGAAGCAAGUGACAAAGAAAGGGGAAAAGAACUCCCUACCUUUAAGGACAUGGACUUCAGGAACAAUAUGCAGAAGGUGUACGUGACGGAUGAGCAGAAAGAGAAGUUCAUGGAGAAACUCAACAAAGAUGUGGAGUUCCUGGUGAGGCUGAAGAUCAUGGACUACAGCCUGCUGCUCGGUAUCCACGAUGUGGGUCGAGCUGAGCGGGAUGAGGAGGAGGGCGAGGAGGUUUCUAAUGAGGAUGAACCAGAGGCGGAGAACGGCCUGGCUCCGGCCGCUACGGUGGGCUCGUACGGCACCUCUCCAGAGGGAAUCGCUGGUUACAUGUCCUGCUGCAAACCUCUGGGGCCCGGGGAGUUCGACCCCUAUGUGGACGUGUACGCCCUCGGGAGCUGCCCAGGAGCCCCUCAGAGGGAGGUCUAUUUCAUGGGCCUGAUAGACGUACUUACUCAGUACGACACCAAGAAGAAAGCCGCUCAUGCAGCAAAAACUGUCAAACACGGGGCCGGUGCUGAAAUCUCCACAGUCCACCCCGAGCAGUAUGCCAAACGAUUUCGCGACUUCAUCUUUAACAUCUUUGCGUAACACGAGGCCGUGAGCGCCGCCAUAAGUCGCUCCAACUGAGAGCUAUUUUUACCAUUGACCAAAAAAAUAGUAUGCACACGCAGAUCACUAUUGAAAUGUGGUGAUCUGAGAUGAGACUACUUGCAUUGUAGCAACAUAAUGUACUACUUCUGAUGCAUUUAUUUAUUUUGAAGACGUAAGAUGCAUUUCUUCUAGAUAUUAAGCCGUCUUUAGAGGAUUAACUCUGCAGCAUUAGGGUACAUGGAAACAAACUGCUGUUGAUCAGUGUUAGACCACAUCAGUGCAAGAUCAAACACCACUUCUCUUUUUUUGUCACCUUCUGAUUUCCCAGGCAUGAACUAAACUUACAUUUUGGGAAGUGUGCUUAUUUACUUUCUUGACAAACGUUGACUCUGGAGAAUAAUAUCACUCUGAUGUGUGUCUGUUAAAGGUUCCCUGUGGAGUUUUCGAAGAAGAAUACUGCUAGAUGUAAACAAUGCUGGGUUUAAAAUCUCAGCUUUCAAAAAGAUGUACGAGGAGGGAAAUGUAUUCAACGUGCUUAUUAGACCUCAAGAAUGCAAACAGUAUGUUUUUAAGUGAAUUUAAACAUGACUUUUGUUUAGGGCUGGCCAAUGUAUCGAUAUUAAAUAGAUUUUGGGAUAUGAGACUAGAUAUUGUCUCAGAUUUUGGAUCUCAAAAUAUGGCAUAAAUGUCCGUUUUAACGGCUGCAUUACAGUAAAGUGAUGUCAGUUUCUGAACAUAGCGGACUGUUCUAUUAUAUGCCUUCAACCACUUAUAUUCACAUUACUGAUGAUUAUUUAUCAAAACUCUAAUCGUUUAAAUAUUUAGUAAAAGCACCAGUUUGUCGUUCAGCCCUACUUUUGUUUGUUUACAGGAAAACUCCACAAGGCACCUUUAAUGUGACGCUAUAGGAGGACCAGGAGACGGUUAGCUUAGCAUACAGACUGGAAUCGGGGCUGAACAGCUGGCCUCGCUCUGUCCAGACGUAACAAAAUGUAGUUUAUGAGUAAUUCUGUACACAACUUGUUUUUAUACAACUUAAACAAAUGAGAGUUAACAUUUUAACUAGUGAUCUUUAGAGGAGCUGUUUGGCAGAUGUUCUUAUCUUAACAGAGCCAGGCUAACUGUGUCGCCUUGUUUCCGAUCUUAAUGCUAAGCUAACCAGCUGCUGGCUAUAGCCUUGUGUUGCUAUCGAUCCUCUCAUCUCUCUGUAAGAAAGCAAAUAAACCUAGCUCCCAAAACUUUAAACUAUUCCUUACAUCCUAGAAUAAUCUUUAAAUGGAAAUGUGUAUUAAAACAAUAAUUGUAGUCUACAUUCUGCACUUAAGAAAUAAUAUUUAUCUAUUGAAGCAGGCCAUUUGAAUAUUUAGAGUGCCAAAUGUGUGGGAUCAAAGCUUUAUUUUUGCAGGAUUUGCAUUUUGCAAACAAUUAAACCAACUCUGUUGGGACAGAUAAAUGAAACACAAUUUGAACGGAUCAAAUAGGAUUUUCCACCAAAGUCUCUACUGAAGUUUAAAGGAAACGUAAAGAACAGCCUCGUCACUUGAAAUGGUAAAUGUGUGGUAUUUGAAUGGAGAGCACAUCAAAUAGUUCAGCCUGUAAACAUGUUCAGCUUUCAGCUCCCAGAGCCUGUAAAGAGAGCGUGUGACCCACAGAGCUGGGCCUGCAUUAAUGAAGUGACUUUAGGACCAGUCCUGCCUUUUUAAUGAGAUACUUUCAUGUGCGAGUCACUUCCUGAGAAUGAGCCCAUGCAUCAUUAUUCUGGACAGACUGAUGUAGUGUUUUGUGCAUUAAAAUGUGCUAUGUGAAUCAUUCUGAUAAGAUGAGAUUUAGACAAAUGUAGCAAUAGAACUAGGAUCUACUGUCUGUGUAUUGUGCUAACAUUUGAGAUUUAGUGAUAAGCAGGGUACCUUGUAAAGUAUUGUUGACAUUAACACUACAUUUCAGUAGCUUCUGCAGUUAGCCGUAACUCAGUGACAUGACGAGCGUUCCUAAACUCUGGCCAGGCAGCGUAGCUACAGUUCACUCUGUGUGAUGCCUCAUCUACUUGAUGGUUGCACAUGUUGUAUUUUUGCAAAUCUGCUUUUGGACCAAAAUAUAUUUUACAAAGAAUUUCUGAAAA